UCAACAAAGUCCCUCUCGGGUGCUGAAUGAGGCCCAGAUGAUGCACAGACGCUGCAGAUCGUGUUGCUCCUCCUCGAUAGACAUUUCGAUUCAAGAGUGAAAAGGGACUUCAACCGGAAACCAAACUUUUUUCUUCGAACUUUUUUUUCUCUGAAGCAAAAGAGGAAAAGACACGAGAGUCAUAAACUGCAGGGUUCCUUAUUUUCUUUAUUUACUGGUGUUGUUGGAAAUGUGUCAGCUGCCGAUCAACAGGGGAGAAGUUAACCGUUCCUGGCGAGGAUAAGGGCGACGUCGAGUGAUUUUAGGCUAGUCGACUCACAUAACGGAUUCUGGUCCUUUAUCAUGGAAGAUGGUGCAAAAGAGGACCCAGCCCAGAGUAAAGAGCCAAAGUUCCUGGGUAAGGCUGGCUGGGUGAAGAAGGCCCCUGCCAGACUGUUGGCCAGCUAUAAGGAGCGCUACGUCCACGUGGAGAAGACAGAGAUCGUGGUGUAUGAAAAUCAGGACCUGCAGAACUGCGUGGAGAGGCUUGACCUGGAAAACUAUCAUGCAUGUCGUGAGUUAAAGAGCCCCUUCAACAAGAAGCACAGACUGAUACUGAUCCGAUCAUCCAAGCCUGGGAAUAAGGUCCAUGAUGUGAAGUUCCAAGCUCAGACUGCAGAGGAGAAGGAGGCUUGGAUUAAAGCUCUGCUUGAUGGCAUCAAUCGAGCAAAGAACAAAAUCUUUGAUGAGGUGACGGUUGAUGAAAGCAUUAAUUUAGAGCAUGUUACUCGAACAAGGCCCAAAGGGAACCGUAAUCGACGGCCACCGACCAGGAUACACAUGAAAGAGGUAGCUAUUGUGUCGUCUGAUGGUAUCCUGCGUUUGGAUCUUGAUCUGGAGAAUGCCUUAAUGCCUAAUGGGACCCAUCACAGUGUUGAUGGGACUGAAACCCCCAAAGAGGCAAUCAUAGCCCCAACUCCUAGGUCCAACGCCAGUGGAGCUGCGGAGAAACAUUCAGAGGAAAGUGCUGAGGAGGACGCUCAGACUGAGCCAGAGGUCAGUCCCCAGAAAAAGGUCAUCAAACCUCCCAUGCCCCCGACCAAAGAGGCUAAACCCAGUUCAACACCUGAGGAUGAGCCUGACAAGGAUGAUGGCCCAGAGAAAAAGGUCCUGCUGCCACCUAUGCCUCCAUCUAAAGAAGCCAAGCCCUGUGCUUCACCUGUUGAAGAAGCUACAGAGGAGGCCAAAGCUGAGAAGAUGUCUGACGAAAAUCCUGAUUGCAAGAAAAAGUCAGGUCCACCACCAACCCCUACCAAUAAACCCAGCUCCAGCAGCUCCAUAAGCAACCUUGCAGAGGCCUCACAGUCCAGGCCAAACUCCCACCCUCCUACCCCUCCAUCCAAAGAGAAGAAACCCUCCCAUCCUGCUGUGGAGCCAGAUCAAGAAGUUCAAGACAUGACGGAUGAGAACAAGGAGAAUGAAGAAGGCAAUAAGAAGGAGGCGACAGGAACAGCUGUGGAAACAGAUGAGGCAGACCAGUCGAUUUCUAAAGAAGCUCUACCUAAACCUGAGAAUCCCAGCGCAGAAGGACAGGUUUAUGAAGAAGAAUCAGGGGAGGUUAUAAGUAGUGGCAUAAACGAAGCAUCAGACAAUGAGCCACAAAUACCCACAGAGCCGGUCAGAAAGAGCCCCAGCCCUCCUCCAACCCCCAAGAAAAAGCCUGAGAAAGCUGCUCAGCCCGACACGCAACACACAGACGACAACACAACUAUAACGCAGACUAAUGAGGGACCGGACCCUACUACAUUACUGCAAGCCUCCGAGACCUCAGCCAGUUCUCCUCUAGCAGAAGAGGCACUACCCAAGAAUGAAGUCCCCUCAGUAGUUGUCUCUUUGAAUGACCCGCUCGCUGACAGCCUCAGCCUGAGUCCACUGCUCUGUCACUUGCCCGGGGAGAAGAAAAAGAAGACGGAGGAGAAAUCUGUAGACAGCGGUCAGCACUCAGACGAUGACAGCGAAGGCUCUGGGAGUGAAGAAACGCUGGCGGCUUCCACGGUUGCGUUGAGAGGAAGCCAUGCUGGUCUGGAUGUGUUGGACGCCAGCGAGGAUAAGAUUCAGGUCCCGGUCAGUUUAAUGGUGAAAAAGUUGCCACCCAAGCCUCAGGUCAGACCGAAGGCCUUUCCUUAUCGGCGCUUAGUGGCCACUUCUCCUCUCACUCCCUCAACCAAGGCCAAGUCCGUCUCAAUUGGAGAUCUGCUGUCUGACUCUUCAGUCUGUGAACAGCAUACCAGAGCUGUGGCCGGAGGCGACAGGGCUCCGAGUAAUGAUUUCAUGAAACUUGAAACUGAAGUGGCGCUGGAGAUGGAAAAGACGGGGGAGCUCCUGAGCAGAGUGUCCCAGUCGCAGGGGGGAGGUGACGGGGAGGGCAUGCCAGAGGAUCUGCUGACCAAGGCCAUGGAGAAGCUGAAGAAAGCCGACGAUGUCCUGAGGGAGGUCCAUAAACUGAAACUCGCAAAGGACUCAAGAAACAGGAAUAGCUGGUAAAUGUCAGCCAAAGCAGAUUGACUUGGAAUUGAACAUUCGCUGAACCCCUCUCCUGAACAGUCAUUGUCCAAUCAUAGCUUAGCAACCAUCAAUAGGCACAGAAAGCCUGUUAAGCUUUGUUUCCUCCACAUAACGGUACGAUUUGCAUGAGGCUGUGCUAAAAGCUAUAUUUGGUAUACAAAGACUUUGUAGGACCAUGUCUUUUUUUUGCCUGUAAGUGUAAGGAAUAUAUUAAACAGUGCAUUUGUCUGCUCUAAAGUAAGCUGCUGUCAUUAGCAUUGCUGCGUCUCAAUUAGGAUACUCCCGUUAGUGCACGGUACACCCUGUACAUACUGAAUUAUUUAUAAACGUUCUGCCCGACUCUCUAUCCUAACCUUAACCAUCCUGUAACAAUUUCACAAUUUGAGGGUUACCAUCUGGACACGACCGACUUUUUACCGUAACGAGUACACCAUCCCUGUACUCACAGUGCACUGCAGUUUGCCAUACUCGUCAGUGUGAAUGCACUUAUGCACUCAAAAUAGCAAGUGUAGGUACAGAAGAAACUGAGCGUUUCUUCCAAGGUCUUUCAAGUAGCAUAUCAUAAGUAUCCACUUCAGAAUCUCCAUUCACAGCAGGCACAUCCACUAUAUACGUUUCCCCACUGUGUGGAGGCCGAACCGGGAUGCUGUCGCAGUUUAGACUAACGUUAGCGGCGCUGUUUUGGGAAAGUUUACGCUCCAGCACACUUGGCAAAUACACCCUAAAAGCUUUUUCCCUUGUAAUCUUAAAAGCGAUUCAUGCUGUUGAAACGGAGACACCUGUCAAUUUGUGGAGCCUGUUUAGCGAGCUGAUAAAGCCUGCAACACUUGUCAUUUAGUGGGCAAAAUCAACAGUUGUCAGCCAGAAAUGAGAAGCUGAUUCUGCUUUUCUCCCACUGGUUCCUGCCCUCUAAAGAAUCAGCCGUUAUACAUUGGCAUUUUGGGUGUUAGAUUUGACAGCCUUAUCAUUGUGCACUGCAGAUGUGCUGCGCGAGAAUGGAAAGCCUGACAGGUGUAGCAACAUUGGAUAAGGGGGUUUAGCGAACGAUUGAUUGAUGGACUUGGGCAGAACGACAGAAAUUUUGAUGCAGCACAUGCAACCGCUCACUCAUAAUUACCGUAACUAAGUGCAAUUAUUUCUAGUUUUAACUUUCUCUGCAGCUGAAUGUUCUACUGUGUAUUUUUUGUUGUAUAUGAAAUAUCAGAUAUUUUCAAGAAGGAUUACUUGAAAGUUAAUUAGAAAAUAUAUAAUAUAACAGCAAAGGAAUACUGUCAUACAUUGAAAACAUGCAAAACAAAGUACUAAAAAGUGUUAAUAAUACCAAAUUACACAACCGUUUUAAUAGUUUACUCUUUGUGGAUUCCAGAGGCGUUUUCUCCUCUUCAGAUACUUUUGCUGGCAGUUUAUAUGAGGGAAUUUAUAUUGUACAUACUUUAUACUUUUACUACAGCAUAUGCUGUCUAUUGUUGAUAUGGAAAGACCACCCUAGCUCAGGAGUUUUCUGAAAUUAUUUUUUCCAGACUAAUCAUGUGAUUAAAGCAAAAUGAAGAACUGCCACUCCACAUAGAAGGAUUCCAGUUUUGUAAUUAAUGAUAUGUUUUUUAUAGUGAUAUUGUACAUAGCACAGAACAAAGAGCUUGUAGCAGCACUUCCGGCUCUCACUAACCCCUCUCACAGUUUAACUUUACUUUCACAUUUGGUUAUAUGAGGGAUAUGUGCUCUUCAGUGAUGUUCCUCACAAUUUUAAUCAUGAACUCUGAAGAAUUUCCCCCUAUUGUUGUCCAAUGCUUUGUUAAAAGAUGUGAUGCUAGUGUUUAAGACUAUUUUGAAUAUGUCAUGCCAUUUAGAUUAUGCAAAGAUAUUUUCUAACAUUAGAUAUAAUUUUGUACUCUUUGAUACAAGUUGCUAUUGCCCAAAUAAACAAAGGGAAACUAUCUGUUUAA